AUGUCCUCCACCGUGAACAACGGGGCGGCCAGCGUGCCGUCCCCGCCCGACGCGGCGAACGGCUUCCCGCAGCCGGGUGCCUCGUCGGGGGCCUGGCCGCGGGCAGAGGAGGAGCUGCGCGCCGCGGAGCCCGGCCUAGUGAAGCGCGCGCACCGCGAGAUCCUGGACCAUGAGCGCAAGCGGCGCGUGGAGCUCAAGUGCAUGGAACUGCAGGAGAUGAUGGAGGAGCAAGGGUACUCAGAGGAGGAGACCCGGCAGAAGGUCAGGACUUUCCGGCAGAUGCUGAUGGAGAAGGAGGGAAUGCUCACCAGGGAGGACCGGCCUGGGGGCCACAUCGUGGCUGAGACCCCGCGGCUGAUCGAGGGCGCCGAGCUGGGCCUGGAGUACGCGCCCUUCGACGAGGACGACGGCCCGGUGGACUGCGACUGCCCCGCCUCCUGCUACCGCGGGCACCGGGGGGACAGGACCAAGCACUGGUCUAGCAGCUCUGCGUCGCCCCCUCCCAAGAAGAAGAAGAAAAAGAAAGGCGGCCACCGGAGAAGCCGCAAAAAGAGGAGACUAGACUCUGAGUGCAGCUGUGGGAGCUCCUCACCCCUUCGCAAGAAGAAGAAGAGUGUGAAGAAACACCGCCGAGACAGGUCUGAAUCUGGGUCCCGGAGGAAGAGGCGGCACAGAUCUCGAAGCCCCAAGAGCAAAAGAAAAGAAAAGAACAAAGAAAGGAAAAGGCCGCAUGCAGAGUCUCCAGGCCGCAGGUCCCAUCGUCACAGCAGCGGCAGCUCCCACAGCCCCUCCCUGUCCUCCCAUUACAGUAAUUCCAGAUCACCCAGCAGGCUAAGCCCCAAGCACCGAGACGACGGGCGGAAGACGGGUAGCCAGCGGUCCAGCGGGAGCCGGUCGCCGUCCCCAUCCGGCGGCAGCGGAUGGGGGUCGCCCCAGCAGAACGGUGGCAGCAGGCAGCGGAGCGGAGCGCACGGAGGCCGCCCGGGCUCGGCGCAGAGCCCGCUCGAUAAGCCCAGCUCGCCCUCACCCAGGGCCCGCGACCAGGCGGAGGCCGGCGCAGCCACGCCGCCCGCGCGGGGGAAGGAGAGCCCGAGCCCGCGCUCGGCGCCGUCGUCGCGGGGCAGAGGAGGCCGCGCGGCGGGCGGGGCGGCCAGGCGGCGGCGGCGGCGGCGGCGGAGGCGGCGAUCGCGGUCCUCGGCGUCCGCGCCCCGCCGCAGGGGCCGCCGGCGCGCCCGGCCCGCGCAGCUCCGGGGUUCGUCCCGCUCGCUCAGCAGGGCCCGCUCCAGCAGCGACUCGGGCGGCGGCGCCCCCGGCCCCGGGCCCGAGCCCGGCUCCGAGCGAGGCCACGGCGGGCACGGGAAACGGGCCAAGGAGCGGGCCCCGCGCGCCCGGCCCGCCAGCACCUCGCCGUCCCCGGGCAGGCACGGCGGGCCCGAGGGGAGGAGCUCGUCGCGCAGUCCGGGCCCGCACCCGCGCUCCUGGAGCUCCAGCCGCUCGGCCUCCAAAUCCCGCUCGCGCUCGGCGGAGAAGAGGGCCCGCAGCCCCAGCCGCUCGCCGUCGCCCAAGAAAACCCUGGGUCGGGACAAGGACGCGGAGAGCCGCGCGAGGCACGCCGAGGCCGAGGCCGCCCGCGCCCGGCGCCGCUCCCGCAGCUACUCGCCCAUCCGCAAGCGGCGCCGGGACUCGCCCAGCUUCAUGGAGCCGCGGCGCAUCACCAGUGCCCGGAAGCGUCCCAUCCCCUACUACCGACCCAGCCCCUCGUCCUCCUCCAGCUGCCUGAGCAGCGACUACUCAAGCCGGAGCCCCAGUCACAGCCCCAGCCCCGGCCACAGCCACGGAAGCUACAGCAGCCGCAGUCGGACCCGCAGCCGCACGCGAAGUCCCUCCCAGACCCCCACUCCCAGCUACCACAGCCGGAGCAGCUCAGAGAGUGGGGGCUUCUGAGCCCAGCGGACCCAGCUUCAUGCCCCCUGGCACAGGGCAAGGCCAGGGCUCGGGCCCCAGGAGCUGUGGGAGGCAGUGGGGCCUGCACCCCACUGCGACAAAGAGGUCCCGGGACAGGGGAAGACCUUGAGGGUGGUGGGUGCCCUGAAGACAAAGAGGAGCUGGAUUCUGCUGCUUCUAGAGGGUCCCCACCCCACCUCCUGCUCACCCACCCAGUCCAGGGAACAAAGAGCCGUUUCGAACACAGGGAUCAUCACCCUUUCCUGCUUGAUGCCAGCUCACCAGGCUGAGGACCUCAGUCCAGUGGAGCCAGGGACACCCUCUUAAAAGUGCCAGACCUGGGAGCCUCCCCUGCCACUCCAUAGGGCCCUCAGUUCCUCUCCAGCACUAGGCAGACACGGAGUGGGACAGCAGGCCGGAGCUAAGUUAGACAAAAGGAGGGACGGCCUAACCCUUGGUGCACCACCCUCCAGGCUGGGGAACCCCUUCCUUCUGAGCUGGCUGCAGGAGGACCCUGGCUGCGGGCUGGAGGCUGGCCUCACGGCCUCCGCAAACCCCUUCCCUGGCCCAAGAGUGCCCAGACUGGGUGGGGCCCCUGAGCCUCAGCCUGUGGGCCCAGGGAGCUCACCCUAGGUCCCACCUCUCCAGGCCAGGCUCUCCCCUCCAGCCGUCGCCCUGUGCUCUUCUGAGCCAGGGCUUCGCCAGCCAGGCCGUCUGCGUGAUCCGAGGUGGGCCCUACAGACCCCAGCUGCCUCUGACCCUGAGAUCAAAUGGGGUCCGGGUCAGAAGGUGGAAGAGAGAAGGGGGGGAUGGAGGAGGAGCCUGUGGGGGGGACAGCAGUGCGUGGGAGGACCAAGUGGGCUCCGGAGCCCCGGCGUGCCCCGUGGCUGGGACCUGGGUCAGAUGGCGUGGGCAUAGGAUGACGUGCACUCCAGGGCGUGCCCACGCGAGCAGGGAGCCAGGGGGAGCACUCAUUCCUCCUCUCCCAGAGAGGGGUGCUACAGCCCUUCGAAGGAAGGGUAGACUCUAGACUGAGGGUGGUGGCCUGGGGCACAGACAGACGGACGGAUGGGGAAACAGUGAGCCCCCAGCCCUCUCCUGCUGCUCCCAGCCCCCUCCUCCCGGGGCCCUCAGGGAUCUCACAAAGUCUUCCUUGGCCCAACAGGGCAGACGCCCUGGGCUCCAGUGGGGGGAGGGGUCUGGGGUCUGAUCCGGGUUUCCUCCCCCCACUCCACCCCCCAAUUUCCCCUUCCUUCUCCGCGGUGCGGACAGAAAUUGGACUCUAAAUAAUAAACACUCGGUGCCCGGACG